AUGGACCCCACGGCACAGCUCGACCUCUCCAAGCUCAGUGAUGCCGAUAAGAAGGAAUUGAACCAGUUCUUGACCAACGAGGCCCAGAAGUCAAACAUCCAGCAGACCGUUCACCACCUCGCCGAUGUCUGCUGGAAGAAGUGCAUUACCGGAAAGGUCUCCUCGGGACGUUUGGACCGGACCGAAGAGGCCUGCGCACAGAACUGCGUCGAAAGGUGGAUGGACACCAACCUGUCCGUUUUGAAGCAUUUGGAGUCUCUUCGCGGACAGUAA